GAUUUGCUGCCAUUCAGUAUCCAGUGCUGAGUCCUCCGCAUCUAUCAUGGGAAUAUUGAGUGGGCCUGACUUGCGGUCCAAUCUAACCCAAUGGGGCCCUCAAGCCCUGGCCAGGAUGGACCAACAAAGCACUGGACCUCGUAUGUUAGGCUGGAACGUGAAACCAGAGGACCUGCAUCAAAUUCCUGAACACUGGUUCAAGUACCCCGAACCCGACCCUCUUCAAAAUUAUAUGCUCGGAUUAUUAUACGUGUUAUUCACAUUUGUAUCACUCUUUGGCAACGGUCUUGUCAUCUGGAUAUUUUCAACAGCGAAAUCACUGCGGACGCCAUCCAACUUUUUCGUAGUGAAUUUAGCGAUAUGUGACUUCGGGAUGAUGCUGAAAACACCGAUCAUGAUCUACAACUCGUUCAAUUUGGGCUUCGAGUCGGGCGCAUACUGGUGUAGGAUCUUCGCUCUUGUCGGAUCUUUCACGGGCAUCGGCCAGGCCUGCACAAACGCAGCUAUUGCUUACGAUAGAUACAACGCAAUUGCAAGGCCAUUUGAUGGGAAAAUGUCAGCAGGAAAAGCAUUUAUGGUGCUCUUAAUAAUUUGGCUGUAUGUUACGCCAUGGGCUAUUCUACCAUACAUCGAAAAGUGGAAUCGAUUUGUUCCAGAGGGUUAUUUGACGACGUGUACAUUUGACUACUUAUCGCCGACGAAAGAAACGCAAUUCUUCGUCUUGACGAUGUUCACAGUCUGCUACGUCAUUCCAAUGUCUCUCGUUGUUUUCUUCUACUCGAGGAUUGUUGGUCAUGUGUUCAGCCAUGAAAAAGCUCUCAGAGAACAGGCAAAGAAAAUGAAUGUCGAAUCUCUGAGGAGUGGCCAAGACCCAAAUGCACAGUCUGCUGAGGUUCGAAUUGCCAAAGCUGCCAUCACAAUUUGUUUCUUAUUCAUAGCAUCUUGGACACCUUAUGCUGUGGUAGCUUUAAUCGGAGCAUUCGGCGAUCAGAAUCUCCUAACUCCUGGAAUAACGAUGCUUCCAGCAUGUACUUGUAAACUGGUUGCCUGCCUAGAUCCAUAUGUAUAUGCUAUUAGCCAUCCACGUUACAGGUUAGAGCUAUCGAAGCGAAUGCCCUGUUUUGGAAUCAACGAAAGUCCACCAGCGGAGACGGCGUCAACGACAACAGAAACGACAAAUUCAGCGAACACACCGAGCAGCUAAAUCGGAACCGAACAGACCUCAUAACUCAUAAAACCUCACAAAUUUUGUCUCUGCUUGAAAUCGGAGUAUUCUUGACGAAUAUUCAAGCAGAGGACGGGGAUGAUCAUGAUGAUAGAUCGCCAAACCCUGUGGCUAGCGACGAGCAAGUUUUUACUAUGAACCAGAAAGGAUUUACAUUUUGUAUCAAGAACGUUGUUAAAAAUCGAAGGGUCAAAUUCGGUACCGGAGUCUAUAUAGCGCCCGAACACUCCGAGUGAUAUGAGAGGCGAAAUUGCCACUGUAAAAGCGUAUGACACAUCGUAAAGAAAAGAUUCCGCUCCGUAAUAGUGUAAGCUACUCCGUAAGGGGAAUGCAUUCUGCUACUUAUGCAGAUUAUUCGGCGGUUUUUUGGGCGCUAUACAGAUUCCGGCACAGAAUUUCACUCCAAAAUUUUUGACAGUGAAGCCUACUUACGCGCCAAUUUCAAUUUUGUUUGAAAUUUAUUCUUAAGGUGAACUUGAAAAUAUGGCGAAUAUACAAACUGUUUAUUUAUUAA